AUGGCUUCAACGGCUCCCGCGACAAACUCAAAAGAUGGCUUGGCUAACCUAAGUUUAAACGUUACAGCUGCUUUAGAUAUAGAGGGGACUAUUCCACUCGAAAGCGUGCAACUUGAUGGUCUGGUAGUCUUGAAAAUCAUCAAACAUUGCCGUGAAGCUUUUCCUGCAACAGUUAGCGGUCAACUCCUUGGUUUGGACAUAAGUGGGGUGUUGGAGGUGACAAAUUGUUUUCCGUUUCCGAGUUCAAAAAGCGACGACGAAAAUGAACUUGAUGUGGCAAAAUAUCAGGUUGAAAUGAUGAGAUGCCUACGUGAAAUUAACGUUGAUCAUAAUCCGGUUGGUUGGUAUCAAUCGACUUAUCUCGGCUCUUUUCUGACACCUAAUCUAAUCAAGACUCAAUACUUUUAUCAACAAACUUUUAAUAAUAAGAGCGUGGUCAUCAUUCAUGAUGUUUCACGAUCAACCCAUGGAAACAUAUCACUACGAGCAUUUCGAUUUACUCCUUCAUUCAUGGAAGUACAAAAAGAAGGAAAAUUCACCAACGAAUCAUUACAAAAAAAUAAACUCACAUUCUCGAAUAUGUUCGAGGAACUACCGAUCACAAUCAAAAAUUCUCAUCUUGUGACUGCGCUUCUCCAUUCUUUAAAUGAGUACGAACCGCUGCCGACAAAAGCCUUGGAUAAAGAUAAGGUCGAGGUUCCACUUACGCCGAAUUUCGAUAUGCUGGAACUGAGUCUUGAUCCUUAUAUCGAGAAGAAUUUGGAACUUUUGUUGGAUUCGGUGGAAGAAUUUGGUCAAGAACAGAGUAAUCUUGCUUUCUGGCAGCGAAGUUAUGCACGUGAGCAGACUAAAAUCCAGCAAUAUAUGCAGAAAAGGAAACAAGAAAAUCAAUCGCGUCAAGCAGCUGGAUUAGAGCCACUUCCUGAAGAGGAUAUAAACAAAUUAUUCAAAUUACCACCUGAACCUUCAAAACUCGAUAGUCUAUUAAUAACAUCGCAAAUCAAUAAUUAUUGCAAACAAUUGAAUCAAUAUGCCGGACCUACCCUAGGGAAAUUAUUUGUCGUGGGAGAAUUACAAAAAUAA